AGCAAGAGAGAGCUCCUGCAUUCAGAAGCAGAGCCAAAUCGGUGUUGCGUGCAACCAUACUCAACAAUGUCUUGGUCAUGGCUUGACUGGAUCAUGGGGAGAGGAGAUACUACGCAACAAGCUUAUGAUCCAUUACUGGGGACUUACAUACCGUGCCCCACCAAUACGCCGUCUACUGAGAUAUUAAAAAUCAUAGCCUGCAUCGGAGCAUCGGCAGCUCUGUGCGGCGCGGCGUGCGCGGCGUACCGGUACUACCGGUACGGUACAUGCAUGCAAACCUACGGCCGGGACAUGACGGCCUCGGCCGCCAAGGGUGACCCGGUUGUUGGCCGCGACAAGGAGAUCGAGCGUGUCGUACGCAUCCUCUCCCGCCGGACGAAGAACUGCGCCGUGCUCGUCGGCGCCGCCGGCGUCGGUAAGACUGCCAUCGCCGAGGGCCUCGCACAGCGCAUCGCGUCCGGGACGGUCCCCGCCUCGCUCGCCGGCGCGCGUGUCGUGGCGGUCGACCUCGCGGCCAUGGUGGCUGGGACCAGGUGGCGCGGCAUGUUUGAGGAACGCAUGAAGAAUAUGAUCAACCAUGCGGAAGCUGCGGACGGCAAGAUUAUUCUCUUCAUCGAUGAGAUGCACAUGCUGAUUGGGGCCGGUGACCCGGCAGGUAGCGGCGAUGCUGCAAACAUACUUAAGCCAGCGUUGGCCCGUGGCCGCAUCCGCUGCAUGGGAGCCACUACUCACGAGGAGUACCGCAAGCACGUCGAGAAAGACCCCGCGCUCGAGCGGCGGUUCCAGAAGGUGCACGUCCAAGAACCCAGCACGCACGCCACCAUUGCCAUCUUGAAGGGGAUCAAGGAGCGGUACCAAAACCACUAUGAUGUGGAAAUUCCAGACGAUACUAUUCAUGCUACCGUCCACCUUGCUGACCGCUACAUCACAGGUCGUCGGUUUCCCGAUAAGGCAAUUGAUCUAAUUGACGAGGCUUGCACCUCGAUAGAGGGAAAAGCAAAAAGAAUUGUUGGCCGGGAACAUAUUGUACAGGUAAGCAUGUGUGGCUGUGUCUACUAUUUCCACGAGAUAUGAUUGUUAUGCUUAUUUCACCAAUUGUGUUAUUUGAAGGUUUUGAGCCAAUGGACUGGAAUUCCUAUGACUAAGCUUGAUCAAAAGGAGAAGGUCGGGUUAGUUAACUUAGCGGACAGAUUGCAUGAGCGGGUAAUUGGCCAGAAUGAGGCGGUCAAUUUGGUUGCUGAAGCAGUGUUACGUUCCAGGGCUGGUCUUGCUCAGCCUGGCCAACCGAUAGGAUCCUUCCUAUUCCUGGGCUCGACUGGUGUUGGAAAGACCGAACUCGCAAAAGCUCUCGCUGAGCAGCUGUUUGACAGUGAGAAGAGAUUGCUUCGGUUUGACAUGUCAGAGUACGUUUCUGCUAGUUCUGUAUCACGUCUCAUCGGAGCACCCCCAAGCUAUCAUGGUUACCACGAAGGUGGACAACUGACCGAGAAAGUAAGGACACACCCGUACAGUGUAAUCCUUUUCGAUGAAGUGGAGAAGGCAGAUCGCUCGGUGUUGAAUAUUUUUCUUCAGCUGCUCGGCGAUGGUGUUUUGACUGAUGGUAAAGGCCAAAAGGUAGAUUUCAAGAAUACAAUAAUUAUUAUGACCUCAAAUCUGGGAGCAGAACACCUAACAUCAGAAGUGGCCGGAGAUAAUACAGUCAAGUCUCAGCGAGACGUUGUCAUGAAACAGGUUCGGAAAUACUUCAAGCCUGAGCUUCUCAACAGACUAAGCGAUAUUGUUGUAUUUGAGCCACUUUCGCAUCACCAACUGAAAGAGGUUGUAAAAAUCCAGAUGAUCAGUGUCACUGCGAGAGUAGCUGACAAGGGCAUCUCUCUUGUUUUAAGUGAUGAUGUGCUGGACGUUAUAUUGUCGGAAUCAUACAAUCCGAUGUAUGGUGCAAGGCCCAUAGAGAGGUGGGUGGAAAAGAACAUCGUAACAGUUAUCUCGAAGAUGCUGGUCACGGAAGAAGCCACUGAAGGCUCAACAAUCUCGAUCUUUGCUGCUGACGACAGUAAGGGGUUGAAGUACCAAUUGAUGAACAAGAUGGAUAUGACAGAUAUGGUUUAAGAAGAAACGUGCAGCUUUGACUGAUUUUCAGUUUUCUUUGCACACACUAUUGAGAAUAGCCUUGGACACGUAAAACUCUUUAGCUAGAAGACUUCAUAAGAUGUGCCCUCUCCGUGCAAUUGGCAGACUACAAAUUUGAUUUAUUGGUGUAGUGGUAUCCCCUCUGUCACUCUGUGAGUUGGUUGUUAGACUAGCCCCAAUAAGA